AUGCCGAUGAACAACAAGAUCAAGAACAGAUCUUUUUUAGGCGAUCGGGCAGUGGCCGCAGCCACUACUCCAGCUCCACUGCCCGCAAGUGAGCCUGACGAGGCCCAACAAGGUAGUGGCAUCAUCCCUGGCGAUCGGCCCGAAUUUCCUCUCCCGACGCUCAAUGAUAAGCACAGCUUCUUGGCUACCCCCAGAGGUAUCGACCGACCAAGAACGCCGCCCGAGCUUUCUUUCGAGGAUAGUCGUGCUUUGCUGACACGGCUCACUGGUCUGCAGCCAUGGCAACUGGAAGCUUUCCCGGAUGAGCUUCCUCCCCUUCCUCUCUCUCGACCUAGCUCGCCUCUUCGAUCGCCUGAGACGAGUCGUCCUCCACCUCAAGUCAGACCUAGGCGACUCUCUUCUACUGCUGUUCCCAUCCGUUUCCGGAAGCCUCCUUUGUCGCCCUCGACUCAGCGUGAGCUUGCUCUGGAGCCCGAGAAACGGUCGGUUAGUCCUGGCACCUCGCCAGUUCGCUCCCGCCAUAGCAAGGCACACUCUGCGGAGUUCAGGACCUCUCGAGAGAUCCGCCCACUGUAUCUGUUGGAGCGAAACCGCAAGUCAGGCGAGAUCGAUGAGGUAUUGCCAGCUCUUCCAUCGAGUGCUAGUCCUUCCCGAGCUUCUUCUUCAACAGACACCGAUGCCGAGUAUGAGUCUGCUCUGGAGUCGCCUCGUCCCAGUGAUAACGUCACUCCGGACGAUCUCAGCUUUGACCCGCUGCACGCCGUAUCUGACCUCAUUGCCGGACGACCAGGACCCGAACUACAGCACCCUGAGCUUGUUGGUCGAGAAAUUGAAGAGGUUGAUGGAUCUGGCCAAGUCACUCCAAAGGCAUCAGAUUUCACUUCGAGUACGCCUGCGGCUUCAGUUGGCCCAUCCCGCGAUGUUCUUGCUGCUGCGCUGGAAGAUGUCAAAGCGAAGCGUUCAUCUUCGCGUCCCGCAAGUCCUCUCGCGCCAAGUGCACCUCUCGAUGAUACAAAGAUGCGCGAUGUAUCGACUACCCGAAGUGGAAAAUCUUCUCCUACAAACUCAUCUUCGCGAUUGCAGACUGCAGCGUUUGGAGCAGCCAUUGGCGGCCUCACAGCUGCUGCCUUCCGAAACAGGACUCCAUCACCUUUUGAGGUUCUCACUGGAGGGCGCAGACUUUCCGAAGAGCGAAAGAUCGAGACUGAGAGUGCUCCCGUGUCAUCUGAGCCGGACGAGAUGGAGAUCGACCGUGACAAAAAGGGCAAGGGCAAGGCUCAGAGAGAUAUGUCGGUCUCUGAGCCCUCAGUUGCUGCGCCACCUCAAAAGGUCUCGGAACCCAAACAAGUCCCCACGUUUGUCGACAACGAGGAUGACUGGGCCAAGAACAAGUCCGAGUCGAUCGUCACGGACGAUGCCACGCUUGUCGGUGAGUCGACAUCCGGGCCAUCCGCUUCGAAGGAAAUCCAGACAGAGAAGAUACUUGAGAGUACAGCGCCACAAGCAGCUCAGCCUGUUGACGUACUACGUGCUACCUUCGGCUCAGGCGACAAAUCUUCAGAUGAGCCCACCUCAACGAGCGCUGCCUCCCCCGCAGAUCUCGAGAAGGCUCUUGCCGACAUCAAGCCCGAGCAAGAACCUGUGCAGACCAUUGCAGAGGAUGUCGCCUCAUCUACACCAAAGGGCAAGAAGAAGAAAAACAAGAAGGGCAAGCGUGGAAGCCAACAGGCUGAGGCUGAACCUCCAAGUCUCCCGAUCGAACCCGCACAGGAGGAUAAGAUUAUUCCAGAACCCGAGACACAGAAAGAGACAAUGGAACGCGAAAUUCUCGAGCCUUCUUUCCCUAGCGCUAGUCAAGAAGAGAAGAAGGUUGAUGUCAUGGACUUCUUGGAGAAAGAUGAUCAGGAUGCUGCACCGGAAUCUGAGCGCAGCAUCCCUUCUGUCGUCGAACCCGCUGCGCCUGUGGCGGACAUACCUGCAGUUGAGGUGAAGGUGCUGGAACAGUCCGAGUCUGCUGCACCUUCUGACGUCAAAGAGCUUGAACAGCCCAAGUUUGCCGCGACUGAGACACCAGCAGCCGAACCUGAACGACCCACAUCAGGAUGGGGAAGCGGUCUUUGGGGCGCGCUUGGCUGGGGCAAGAAGAGGGCUACAUCUCCGGCGCCCGCCCCCGCAGCCGCACCAGUUGUGGAGAUGAAGAAGAAGAAGGAGACAGAAGUGCCGCCCGUGCUUGUCGCCCCUUCGGAGUCGAAGCAGCCUGAAAUUGAGACUGAAGUCAAGACGGCGAAACCUGAACCAGCUCAAGAGGUUGCAGUCGUCAGCGAUGAGGUACCAAUGCCGGAGGCGACCACUGCACCAACUUUUGUUGUCCCCCAAACCGCAUAUUUUGCUGAUGGUGGCAAGCCGCACUUCACCUUCCCACAACCUUUAACCAAGGUCACUGAGGACUCGGCUCGGGAACUGACUGAAGAUGUUAUUGUUAAGAAGGGACUUGAUGCGGUACUGGCUGCAUCAUCAGAACCUACCUCAGAGGUGUACCAGGAAGCAAAGCAAACAUACGCCACUGCACCACCACCUACUGCUUUCUUCACCGACAACGGAAAGCCGCACUUCACGUUUCCCCAGCCAUCCGUCAAGAAAGUUGAGGAAGUAUCGCAGGCGCCAUCAGAUAUCAUCGCGACUGAAAAGGCACAGGUUGAGACUCCUUCGGAACUGCCAGUGGCUAGCGAGUACGUGUCAAGAGAACUGACACCAAGAGACUUCACGCCGCCCACUCCUUUCUUCACUGAUAAUGGCAAGCCUCAUUUCACCUUCCCACAGCCGUCCACCAAGUCUGCUGAAGCCAUUACUCCGGGGCCAGAGAGCAUUCUUGCUGCCGAAGUAAUUGCGCCAGUUGAGCCCACCGAGUCGUCUAUGUCUAAGAAGAAGAAGGUUAAGAAGGACAAGAAGAAGCGAGAGAGCGUCGUGGCCCCCGAGCCCGAAUCUGCCGCAUCGGAGCCGCCAAACACAACGGCAGGACCCUCUCAAGCUCCUGAUGUGGGUGUGCACGAUCAACAAGUUCAGCAACGCUCCGAGGAUUUGGUCACAGCUCCGCCAGCUGCGGAUGACGCGGCAGUGCUUUUGCGGGACACCCAGCGAAAUAUCGUGCCUGUAGAUGUCACCUUGCCAGAAAACGCCAAACCCACUGAAAAGGAUGUUGUACCUGAGCCACAGGUCGAGAACGCUGGAAAAACCGUGGAACUACCACAAGAAGCUGCCCCUGCAGACACCGUGCCCUCAACACCAGCCGAGGAAGAUGCUGCGCAAUCGUCAAGUAAGAAGAAGAACAAGAAGGCCAAGAAAGCGAAGCGGGAAAGCGUCCAACUCUCCACUGUAGAAGACAGCGAGACGAGCACGCCUGUCGUCGAGCGAUCUCUUGAUUUCUCGUCUACCGCACCGUCUGAGGUCAAGCCCGAUGCUGGUAUCGACGUACCGCUACCAAUGGAAACUGUAACAGAGAAAGACGAGCUCGCCGAGCCCAUUGUCGAGCCUGCCGAAGAAGCACCAGUAUCUACACAACCCAAGCUCGAAAUCGCGGUUCAGGACGUUACUAUCCAGCCAAUCGAGCGCACAGAGUCUGUUCGAACUCUAGUUGAACCUGCUUCUGCCGAACGCGACAUUCCUGAGACAGCACCUUCAGUCACAGAAGAGGAGUUGGCUGCCACACCCAAGAAGAAGGGCAAAAAGAGCAAGGCGAAGAGUGGUACGCAGACGCCUGAGGUCCAGGCUGAGCCUAUCGUCGAGCCCUCAACAUCGACUGCCGAGCUUGCAGAGCCGUCUCGUGACGUUGUGGAAAUGUCAAAAGAGCCUACUGAACCCACCCAACUUUCCGAGCCAACUACGUCUGUCGUUGCACCACCUCUAGAACAAACAAAGUCACUUGAAGUGGAACCGACUCCAGUUGAGCAACAACCCCGAGAGGACAUCUCCGCGACUACCGAGCCGAGUGCUGAGGCUGGAGAGGCUACCCUUGUAUCGAAGAAAGAAAAGAAGAAAAAGAAGGGAAAGAAGGCGAAGGGUACCGAGACGCCAGUCGAGGAGACCGUUCUGCCUGAAGUCCCUACCACAAUCGAUAAACUUGUCGAGCCCUCUGUGCAGCCUGAGAACAUCGGACUUCCUGAUGAAUUGGAUGGUGAGCUUGAUGCUCCCGUCGAGGAGACAACGGUGCAACCCCCAGUAGAACCUGAGACUCCAGUACAGGCCGACACAAAGGAGAUCGCUUUAUCCACCGAGGACACUUCAGCGGCGCCACGGCCCGAUAUCCCAUCAGAGCCAGUUAGCAGAGACAUUACCGACCUCACCACUGACAAUUCAACUGUACCAGAGCCCGCACCGAUCGAAGAGUCGGUACCAACACCAGUUGUUAUCCAGCCUACCGACACAGCCGAGGCUGAUGAUCUUACCUCGACACCUUCGAAGAAAGACAAGAAAAAGAAGAAGGCCAAGAAGAAUAAGGCAGUCGACGAGAGCGAGCCUAGCACUCCAGUGACCGAAGUACAGCGGGAGCUAGAGGCAUCCAUCGAGUCCGUCCAGCCGGAGCCAACUGUCGAGACUGACGUUGCGAAACCAGAGCAACCACUUGAAGGAGUAACACAGCCGAUCCCGACGCCUGAAGUUGCCACUGUUGCCGAGGAGAGGCCAAUCGAAGCAUUGACAGAGCCUGAGCAUGCCAGAGAUUUACCUGCUAUCAUCUCCGAGGAGCCAAUCCAAGCACCGGCUACAGAUGUGGUUGGAGAGGCUGCAACCGAAUCAAAGAAGGCGAAGAAAAAGAAGGGCAAGAAAGGAAAGUCUGUUGACAUCGAGCCAAGCGCAGCGGACCUACCCAAGGAAACAGUCGAAUCCGAAACCGUCAUCGAGCCGCCGGUAGUGGAAAAAGCUAUUGAGGCUGAACCCGUUCCAUUGCUCGAAGAGCCACAAGAAACACCUCUUCCGCUUGAAACUCCCAAGGAGGUUGUCGCUGGGCCAGUCGAGGUGGUCAAGGAAACAGAAGAUAAGCCUACACCUGUUCUCGCUGAGUCGACUCGCAAUGUCGAGGAGCCAGUCAUUGAAGAAGAGGCAGCCGCUUCGAAGAAGAGCAAGAAGAAGAAGGCCAAGAAGGGCAAGUCGUUUGAUACUGAACCUAGCACGCCGAACAGCGAAGAGCCGCCUGUCUUAGUCAAGGACUUUUUGGAGCCUGCCCCGACUGAGAAGAGCGAUGCCAUUCUGGAAGUCCAGGAACAAGCUCCAAGCAAUAAGGAAGCAAUGCCUGCUCCAGUCUCCGCUGUAGUUGACGAUGGUACGCCAUCGGCAGUGGAAAAGCCCGUACAAGACACCGCUGUCUCAUCCGCUCCUGAACCAACUGUUGAGCCAACUGUUGGGCCACACAUCGAGCCAACCGUCGAGCCGACUGUAGAGACAACCAUUGAGCCAGCUGUAGAGGCUGAAGGUGCUGAGCUUGCUUCGAAGAAAUCCAAAAAGAAGAAGGCCAAGAAAGCCAAGUCGACCGACAUCACCGAGCCAAGCACUCCUACCACCGAGGAGCCUUCUGUGCAGUUUGAAGCUCCCUCCGAGCCAGUAGCUGUUGAGAAGAGCAGUGAUGAAGUAGCACAGCCUCCCAUUGAUGAGCUAAUUCCCGAAGCGACAACAGUGCCCACCGUUGACGAGUCCUUGUCUCGAACUGUCUCGAAAGCGGAGAACACUGAUGUUCCCACCGAAAGAGCGAGCAAAGAUGCAGUCGAGCCUCCCAUGCCCCUGGAGCCCGCCGCAGAAGAGGCAGUGGUUGAAUCUACCCCGAAGAAAGCUAAGAAGAAGAAGGGCAAGAAGGCGACGGCUGAUGAGGAGAAAGAGCCUGAGACUGUUACCGAAGCCGUCAAAGAUGCACCCAUUGUUGAACCAUCACCGGAAGCUGCGCAAGUCGAAGAGACUGUACACCCUCCAGAGCCUCUUGUAGCUGAUGCUCCUGUAGAGUCCAUUUCACUUGCCGAUGAUACUCUUCCGACUCCACUCACCGAGGAGCCCAUUGAGCGUGAACUUGCCACAGAGAUGGGCCAAUUAUCUGAGCCAGUAGACUUCGAGGUACCAAUGGAGACUCCCAGUGCCGAAUUUGAAGCUCUCCCUGAGGUUCCUCUAUCAACAGAACGCUCGGAACCGCAAAUCGAGGAGCCAGAGAAUGACGAUGCUACUUCCACCUCGAAGAAAACCAAGAAGAAGAAGAGUAAGAAGAGCAAGUCGAUCUCUGAGCCUCAGACUCCUGUCACCGAAGUAGAAUCAUUCAUUGCUGCUACAACUGAGACACCUGAGGCCCAAGCUAGUCCUGCGCCUGUAGAGUCGACGACCACAACUGAAGAAGUCGCUCUUCCGGAGAUUGAAACCGCUAAGCCUACCGAAACCCAAGACGUGGAACAGACCUUGAUUGAGCCGAUCCAGCCUACCGAGGAACUUUCUCGAGACAACGACCCGUCUGUCACUGUGGCUGAUCAGCCCGCAGAGCCGGUAGGCGAGUCGACAACCGAUGCACCACUGUCUAAGAAAGACAAGAAAAAGGCCAAGAAAGGCAAGCGCGUCUCUAUCGUCGAGGACACACCUCCCGCUCCGGCAGCACCUGUUGAGGAGGUCACGAGGGAACUUGGAAGCGAAGAACAUGCCACAGAAGUGCCUCAGCCUCAGCCUGAGAUUGCAACCAUUUCCGAGCCGGUGUCGCCAAAAUCAAUGCCCGUCUCAACAACUCAACAGGAAGACGUGGUUCCAACGACACUCGACGACAGCAAUCUUGCUGAGCCCACCAGCAUUGGGGAGACUAUAGCACCUGCUGACAGCGAAGGCGCUUCCACCGAACAGAUGGAGAAGAAGACUGUUGAGCCCGAGCCAACGUUAGUAGUUGAGGAAGACGCCACUUCAUCCAAGAAAGGCAAGAAGAAGGCGAAGAAAGACAAACGCAAGUCCGUCACUGAGAGCGAGCCUUCAACGCCUCUAGAGACGCCGACACAGGAGCUCGAGCGCGCGCCCCUUGACAAGGAAACAUUUGCCAUCCCGGCAGUCGUUGCGGAAUCGAAAGAGGAUGCUGUCAACACUGCAGUGGGUCUAGAACCUGCUACCGCCACGCCCAUGCCUGAGGAGAAUACAAGCGUUGUAACUAAAGUCAAGCAAGAGGAGCAGCAGCCGUCUGUUGAGCCUGUUCUCGCGGAAGAACCCCAACAGCCUGAACAGUCUGCGGAACCCGAGCAAUCAUCUCUCUCGAAGAAAGACAAGAAGAAGGCAAAGAAGAGCAAGCGCGUCUCUAUUGCUGAGCCCGAAUCGACUCCGGCUACACCUACCGAGGAGAAAGAGGUGUCUCUCGAGGACCAGCCACUUCCUGUUGCGCAACUCCCGGAGCCAGCACAAGAUGAGGCCGUAAGCAGCUCGAUCGAAGUACAGCCUGUCAUUAUAGAGACUAUUGAAGAGCAAAAGGUUGUGCUGGCUGACGUAGAAGCACCGCUUGUACCUGCUACCGCUGAGGAGGACCAACAAGCUCAACAGACUCCAGAGGAAGAAUCAUCGGCCAUCUCGAAGAAGGAAAAGAAGAAGGCGAAGAAGGCUAAGCGUGUCUCCAUCGCGGAGCCAGAGUCUGAGGUUGCUACCCCAUCUGAAGAGAAAAAAGAGCUUGAGUUGCCUGUGGAAGCGCCUGUAGCUCCUACCUCUGCCGCAACUGAAGAAGCGACACCUGCGGUCACACCGGUCGAAGAACUCAUCUCCAGGGGUCUUCCUGUUGGAGAUUCAGCACCUGUGGCUCCUGCGGUCGAGGAGUCUAGCCUACCACAGACUCCAGCCGAAGAGCCAACCGCUGCUCCUGUCGAAGAGGAAGCACCCACAUCUGUCUCCAAGAAGGAUAAGAACAAGGCCAAGAAGGCCAAGCGUGGCUCUGUAGCUGAGAGCGGAACUACGACUCCGAUCGAAACUUCAGUUGAAGAAAAUGCACAGGAUCUGCUUGAUGUUCAAGAACCUCAAUCAGCACCGGCUGUUGAGGAGCAAAUUUUAGAAACGCCAGCAACGGAAGAGCCUGUGCUAGUCGCGCCACCUGCGGAUGAUCUUCAGAAGGCAGUCGAUGCCGAAGCAACUGCGACAAGUUCGAAAAAGGACAAGAAAAAGUCGAAGAAGGCAAAACGUGGAUCCAUUGCGGAGACCGAGCCUUCUGAGCCUUCCAUUCCUAUCGAAGCGUCAACCCCGGAGGUGGUUGACGCGAAGGCAGAAGAUCGGCCAGCUAACACUGCAUCGGAUGUCAAUGAAUCUGUCAUUGUAGCCCCGGUUGGACCUCAGCCUGCGGUUGCCCUCACAGAGUCGGCCGCACCAGAGUCGACCGAGCAAGUGCCCGAGCAAACCAAGGAUGUCUUAGCGGAAGAUCAACCACUCACCACGCCACCUGUCGUCGAAGAGCCUAUCGUUGCUGUUCCCGAAGUAAGCCAGAUCGAUAUGCCAUUCACCGCCACUGAGGAAACACCCAAGGAUAUUGUCCAAGAGGAUGCUCCUUCAGCGUCUACGUUAAAGAAGGACAAGAAGAAAACGAAGAAGUCUAAGCGCGGAUCUAUCGCCGAACCUGAGCUUUCUGAGCCCUCAGCACCCGUCGAGCAAGUACCUGAACAGACCAAGGACGUCAGCGUAGAAGAACAGCAACCUGUCGCACCCGUGAUCACCGAAGAACCGGUCAUAGUUUCCCCUAUCGUCAAGGAGGAGAUUUCUCAGCCAUCUCUAGACCAGGAGGCUCUUCUCCCCGCGACCUUCGAUGAGAGCAAGGAACCAUCCCAAGCCUUCCCGCCGACGGAGCCAUUGUCAAGCGAGGCAGUCUCUGAGACUGCCGCUGCACCCGUCGAGCAAACCAAGGAUGACGAAGCCGAACCCGCCGAGUGGGCCAAUCUUUCCAAGGCACAGAAGAAGAAGCUGAAGAAAGCCAAGCGCGCGUCUGUCGCUGAGAGCGAGCCAUCACAGCCUGUGACUCCUGCGGAGGAAUUGACAAAGGAGCUUAGGAUUGAGGAUGUGCAGCCCAUGGCUGAGACUGCCGAUCUAAAAGAGCCAAUUGUAGCUCCCGUUGUCGACGAGUCGACUGUGAUUGCAGAGCAACCUGAAGCUUCGUCUAUUGUUCAAGAGCCUGUCGAAGCUGUCGAAGAACCUGUUGUCAAGUCAAAGAAGGACAAGAAGAAGGCGAAGAAGUCAAAAGCCUCGUCUGUCAUAGAAGGGGAGCUGUCACAGCCCGCGACACCUAUAGAGGAAGUUUCUAGGGAACUUGCUCCUUCGUUUAAACGGCCCGUUGUUCCAGACGCCCAUGAAAUCGCUAGAGUACAGAAGUCUGCCGAAGGCCAAUCGGUGACAGCGACGCCAGUGGAAGAGCCACAGACUAAGCCCAUCGUCGAAGCCCCUAUCGAGCCCACUCCCGCUGUGGAAGAGAUCGCCGAUGCUACGCUUUCGAAGAAAGAUAAGAAGAAAGCGAAGAAGUCCAAGCGUGCAUCUGGUAUUGAAGACCAAACUUCUCUCCCGGCAACGCCUGUCGAGGAAGUUACCAAGGAGCUCGGAAUUGAUGACCAGCCUUCUACUUCUGCAGCGACUGAGCAGCCGACUACCGAGGAGCCACCAGCAGCACACGAUACCCCUCCGCCUGACCAAGCGACCGAAGAGGCGCCUGCAGCGGCUACGUUCAUCGAGCCCGUCGAAGAGCCGACGAAACCCUCCAAGAAGGACAAGAAGAAAGCCAAAAAGCAACAAAAAGAAUCAAAGAGCGAAACCGUGCCUUUUUUAGCGCUUGAGACGCCUGAGGAAGCCAAUGUUUCUGAUACUCAGUCGUCUCCACCCCCUUCUAUACCUUCGGAGACACCUUUACUUCUCUCGGGGAUACCGACCUCAUAUCCCCAUGUUCGUGAUAUUGCGUUUGUUGAAAAUGGCGGCGAGAGUGUGCAAGAUGAGAGUGCACGAGUGGUUGAUGAGAAAGAGAUGGAAAACAAGUUGGAUGUGGAUGUUGAGAAGCAGGAAGAGCCUGUGGUGGAAGCUGUGGAUGAAGAGAAAACCAAGAAAACGAAAACAGAUAAGAAAGGCAAGAAGCGAGCUUCCGUUGUUGAAGAUCCUUUACCCGAGGCUUCCUCCGCAGUUGAUGUUGCUGACACCACGCCAAUUGAGCCUUCUGGAAAUGAGCAAGUCCGAUCCGUGGCAGAAGUGGCUACCCUGGACCCCGAGGUGGUCGUUAUAGAGCAGCCUAUUGCUCAGGUCGACACUACCGAAGCCCAGCUGCAUGAUCAGCAGCCCGUUGAAGAGGUCAAGGCAGCACCAGAAGAGAAGACUACGACAAUGCCAUCCGAGCCUGAGCAAAAGAAAGUCAAGAAGCAUAAGCUAGCCGCCUUGUUCGAGCAAAAAGCAGCCGAAGACAAACCAAUUCUCCCACGCAAGCGAACACCCUUGGCUAAAUCGACGCCUGAGACUAUUGCUACCGAACCAACUGGAGAAUCUUCCAAGGAGGUCAAGGUGGAUGAACUGGUCGCCACUGCGCAACUUGAGUCCGUUGUCAGCAUCGACAAUACCGCAAAGCCUAACGAAGAAAUUGCUUUGCCCAAGGAUAUCGUCGAGCCUGGCGCAUCAGCACCUACCAUAUCUGAGGUCGUCAUGGACAAGCCGUUAGAACCCUCCGAAAGAGCUCUAGAUCCUGUAGAUGAACAGUCCAAGGAACCCACUCCAGUAUCAACGGAACCUGUGCUUGAUCCAGAAAGUUCAGCUGCUGCAAAGAAAGACAAGAAGAAGGCGAAAAAGGAUAAGAAGAAGUCUGGGACAGCGACACCGGUUGAAGCUGUACCUGAUGUUCCGGACGCAGCUGAGGAGCCACUUACAAGCAAUACUGAAGAAACAUCUCUGGAAGCAGCUCCACUUGUCGAUAAGAAUGUGCCUGUCAAGGCCGAGGAGAAGUCACAAGAGAUCUCUGAAGUCAUUCCGGCACAGCCGAUAGUGACCGACACACCUCGGGACAUCAGUGCAGAUCUAUCCCAGGAGAAGUCGAUCGAAGUCGGAACCCCCAGCGAGCCUUCGACCGCCGUUGAUGAUGAAGUAAUCGCCACGCCUUCGAAGAAAGACAAGAAAAAGAACAAAAAGGCCAAGAAACAAUCCGGGACUGCCACACCAGCUGAUGAAACACUGCCAGAGGCGCAGCCAGAGAAGGUUGAAGAACCUCCGGUUCAAGCGCCUGAGCAGAUUGUUGAUCAACCCGCCGUCAUUAAAGCCGCGCCAGUGGUGGAGGAAGCGCCAGCGCUUGUAAAGGAAAACAUCAAACCGAGUGCUUCUGACAAGACAAUUGCAAUUUCGCAAGAAGAGGCCUCGGCCGUCGUGGUCGACCGAGUUGCUGAUAUCCCUUCACAACAAGAAGAAGAGGUUCAGCAGCCAACAGCUAGUGUCCCGGAGGAGGCUGUGGGGCCUAUUGCAGACACGGACGUCAAGCUUUCUAAGAAAGACAAGAAGAAGGCCAAGAAGUCCAAGAAGUCGUCUGGUAUUGACACGCCAAUGGUUGAGGAUGUUCCUGAGGUCGAACAGAAAGUCGAGGAGCCAGCAAUGGGACAAGUUGAGGCAGUCAUCCCUUCGCAAGUCAUGGAGGCAGAGCCAGUCGUCGAACAAACAAACGAAGCGCUGGCUGAGACAAUACCUACAGCCCUCGGCAAAGCUAUCGAGACUCCACCAUGCGACGAAGCGCCAACUGUAGAAACUGAAGUGGCCACUGAUGCUCCAGAACACGCGCCAGCUACUGACAUGCCGGUCCAGCCAGCAGAGGAGGAUUGGAGUUACACGGCUCCCAAGAAAGACGAGAAAAAGGGCAAGAAAGCAAAGAAGGCUGAGGACGUUGCUACAAUCGUUGAACCUAUCUCCGAACUCCCGAGUAAGACAGCGGAAACUAUCGAAAGUACUGCCACACCGGAAAAGACAAUACAGGAUGAUGUUGAAGCUCAGCCGCUUCAAGUCACGGAAACCGACGCUGUGAAAGCCGAAGACACCAACGAACAAAAUCUCGAAAGUGAACGUGCGCUGGACAUCGCAGAGACUGAUAUCACAGAGGUAGCACCUCUCCCUGCACCUGAACUUCCAGCCGAAGCUCCUAUUGAAGAAGAGGCACCAACUCCUUCGUCGAAGAAAGACAAGAAAAAAGCGAAGAAAGCGAAGAAGGCAUCAGGCGCUGCAACUCCAGUCACUGAGGAGGUUGCCAUCGUGCAACCUGAACAGGUUCAAGAACACACUGCCGACAACGCCGAUAGUGUCACGGAACCGAUCGAAGAGGUACCGGCAGCCAUAUCUCGCAAGGAGCUUGUUGUAGAACAGCCUCGCGAGGUCGAACAAGAGUCGAUCUCUCCGGUUGUCGCUGUACCAGCGCCUUUGAUCGAUGAGCCAGCGCUGCCUUCAUCAGCUACGAAAGAAGAAGCGCAGAAGAGCGAAGAGGCAUUCGCCGAAGCUACUGUCGCUGAAGACGGACCUGCCAUCCCAGCGGACAUAACACAAGAGCUCACUAUCGCUACCACUGAUGCGAACAAGUCUCUUGUUGAUGAACCUCCUGUUGCUGUUACUCAAGAGGGUUUUGUCGCCACAGAUACUCGUGGCGUCGAGCGACCUGCUCAGGAUUCUGCACCUACAGUAGAAGUCGAGCCUCUGGAUAAAGGUCUAACCCCCGAAGCAUCAAAGAAGAAGAGCAAGAAGAAGGCCAAGAAAUCAGGAACAGCCACGCCUAUUAACGAAGAUGUUCCUGCCUCAGAACCUGAGCUCUCUCGCGAUCUCGGAAUUCAACCAGAGCCAGCAACCAAUGUCAAGGAUGACAUCAUGGAAGACGUCCAGCCAUCUACAGCACAAACACAGCCCAUCCUGGAAGAGCAAUCCCGCAUCGAACAGCGUGACACCCCUGUGGUAUCGCAUUUGACAGAUCUUGUUACGACAAUUGAUGAGCAGGCACCAGCUCCGACUCCCAAGAAGACCAAAAAGAAGUCGAACAUGUCUGGUACCGCCACGCCAACCAUCGAUGAUACUGUGGUGCCACAGCAGGAGACUACACAGGAGUCGCAGGAUACGCCGAUGCUUGUCGAAAGUGUUGAUACUACCACAUCUGAACCACGCUAUGAUGUGGAAGUUACACGAGACGUCGAAAUUCAAGAAGCAGAUAUUUCACAUGCAACUGUCGAGCCAGAACUACAGCCAGAUCCAACGCCACACCUUGAAGAAGACAUUGCACCAACAUCUUCGAAGAAAUCUAAGAAGAAGGCAAAGAAAUCGGACACAUCGGCCUCAAUUGCCAAAGGCGUGCCACAGGUUGCACCUGAGGAUGUCCCACCACCUGUUGAAGAGCCCAUUGCAACCAACCGCGAUGUUCAAGAAUCGACCGUUCAAGCUCUUGAUGUGCCCGAUGCGAAAGACGACACACCUGCAACAAUCGAGCCCGUUCUCGCUCCCGAACCCGAGCUCGAAGCACCAAUCGAUGUUAAGGCUGAAGACAACGGUCUUGCAGUAUCGGAGGAUCUAGCCAUCGCACCUGAACUUGUAACUGAGGACACGACUUCCACUCCGUCCAAGAAAAAGAAAAAGAACAAGGGCAAAAAGUCGGAACCUCAGACGCCAGCAAUUGAGUUGAGUGACCCCAUGGCCACAGAAACACGCACAGUCUCCGAAGAUGUGCAGCAAGCCCCAGGCUCUGAAGUCGCCGAGGUCGGAUUCCAAGCGCCAGUUCCAGAGCCCCUUGUUCUGGCCGAUAAAGUACCUUCGGAAACCAGGGGAGAGGUGAUCGUGGAGGAGAAGCCUGUCCUCACUCGCAAGCUCAGCAAGAAAGAGAAGAAGGCUCGGAAGAGCUCCAUUGCCAUGGACGUGGAAGCGGAGCCAAUAGCUGAGAGAGAAGUGCCAACUGAGAGCAUGGUUGAAGGAGCACAGGCGCCAGAGAUUGAGCUUAUGAUCACCGAAGAGCCUCGACAAGUGCCCAUCAUUGCAGAGCCAGAAGUACCAGCGCUCACUGCGGAGCCUAUUCACCCAGUCGAACAUGCAGAGAAAACUGUGCCUACGGCUGAUAGUCCUGUCGCAGCGCCUAUGCAAGAUCAAAUUUCGACCGAAAUCACACAGGGAGAGACGGCGUCUACGCCAGUGAAGGGAAAUAAAGCCAAGAAAGACAAGAAGAGCAAGAAACAAUCUCUGUCUCUCGACAACGCCGAAGCUGGUGACGUCGCCGAAUCUAGCCCCAAUGAGCAGGCUCGUGACGAUGCUAAGUCCUUGAUCGAACCUUCCCAAGAGACAGCUGUCGUACGUGAUUUGGACUCAUUACUCGCUGCUUCAAACGAGGUCACAGACCCCCCUGCAUUGGAGCUUUCGGAAGCUGUCGAGGCGCUGCUUCCGCAAGUCCUAGGCAAUAUCGAACAAGUACCUGAACGACAGGCUACGCUAGAUGAGCCUGAAAUUUAUUUGCAGCCUCGUGCUGAAGAGAACAGCGAGUCCAUGCCGACCGUGGACAUCGAGCCUAUCGAGGUUACAGAAGUCCCCAGCCGUAAGGCCUCUAAGAAGACCAAGAAGGGCAAAAAGAACAACGACGUCCCUUCUGAGCAACAGCAGCCUGAAGCAAUGGUUGUGGCUGAGCCUACAGUAGAAAGCAUUCCUGAGGACCUACCUUCGACAGCAGAACAGCUCGAUGUACCCGCUCCCUCCAAGUCAAGCAGCCAGGAGCUGCAACUCACCUCCACAACAAUCGAUCUACCUACCUCCGAUGUCACUACUGAGCCUCACAGUCAACUUAUCGAGCCAGAGAACGAGCCUUUACCAGCAACCGUCGAGACGGUCAACGAAGCUACCACCAGCGCACAGCCUUUAGAAGAUCCUAUGUCAAUCGUGGAUCAGACCGAGGUGACUACACCUUCAAAGAAGUCGAAGAAAGACAAAAAGAAGGGCAAGAAGAGCAGCUUGACUUCUGGCAUCACGACGCCGAUCGAAAAUCUACUGUUUCUCCAUGAGCAGCUGCGGGACGCCAGGCCCAUCGAACCAGAGGCAAUCGUGCGUGAAGGCCCCUCCGAUACACAACCACCUCAAGAGGUCACUUCUGCACCAGCCGUCGCAACUAUUCAGGACACACCUCUUCCAGCCCGAGAAAUUGCACAAGAACAAGAACGCCAAACAAUUGAAGCUGACGAACUAUCUUUGUCGCGCUCUGCCUCAAAGAAGGGUAAAAAAAAGGGCAAGAAGGCACAGAAUGUGCCGAGUGAGCUUGAUAACGAGAUUGCGACGACCGAAAACGAGGUGCUGCCCGUCACUGCACAAGAGUCUCCAAAAGAAGAAGUCGAAGUCCUGCCAAUAAUCACAGAAGCAAGGCGCGAAGCCGAACGAUCCCCACCACCACCUUCUUUCCAAACAACGCAAGCAGAUUCAGAGUCAACGAGAGAAAUUGUCGAGCCGGCACUGGACCAAGUGACACAAGUCAAGGAGCGACAAGAUGAGAAGGAAGAACUCUCCCAACCGCCAACGAUCUCAUCACCAGACCUGAAGGCUGUACAAGAUGACGUCGCCGAAUUCAAGCUCCGUUCUGAAGCACUCGACCAAGCUCUUGCUACACAAGAACAACUCGACGAACCUACUUCAUCCGACCCAACGUCAUUCUCCGAUGUUGUCGGCAAGCUUAGCAAGAAAGACAAGAAGAAGGGAAAGAAAGCCAAGGGUGCUUCGCUCGACACCGAACCGACGACUCCUGCAGCUGAACCUGAAGCUGUGGUUGAGACGAAGGAAAUUGUCGAAGAGCCACGCAUGGCCGAAAUCCCAUCGCGCAAGCUAAGCAAGAAGGACAAGAAGAAGGCUAAGCAGAGUGUAUCUGAGGUCGAAGAGGUGGCUAAGACACUUCCUGAACAGGUUGUUCCUGUUAUUGAAACCCAACAACCGCUCAUCGAUCAGUCACGUGAAGAAGCGAAGAUCUUCACUGAAACCACGACAGCUGAGCCAGCUAUACAGCCAGAUGCACCGGUUGUGCCAGUCGAGCAAACACAACCAACAUCCCUGGAAGAGCCUGUUUACCCUAGCGAAGAGGCUGCUACGAUGAAAAAGGAGGCGAGCCGUGUAAACGAUACUUUGACACGAGAGAUUGAAACGAUUGUGCCACUCGCCCGGACAGAAACACAGCACACUGACUUAGCUGCUUCUGUCAUCAAAGCACCUGAAGCUCAGCCUGACGUGCCACCAGAGGCCGAGUCCAUCGCUGAAGGAGAGCGACCAUCCGUCUCCCGCAAGCUUAGCAAGAAAGAUAAGAAGAAGGACAAGAAGAGCGCAUCAAUCGAUGAGUCCACCAAGACUGAACAAAUCCCAGAGGUCGCGGCUGAAAACGUGCUCCGUACGGAGGAGCUACCCAUCGAGUCACAGCAACCUGAUGUGAUGAAUCAAGAGAUCCCCGUAGUCGAUGUCAAGGCAACUGAGAAGGAGGCGGCAGAUACUAUGCACAUGCCCGUCGAAGAUACAUCGGUUCUGCAGCAAUCGGCUGUAGAGUCUGCUGCUGACCCGGAACCGACGCCAGCAGUUGCUCCCGAAAUUGCUGCUGAAGACGAAUCGGCUUUGCCUUCCAAGAAGAGCAAGAAAGAGAAGCGCAAGUCUAAGCCCACGGCCGAGUCCGAUGUCCUGCCUGACAUCUCACGGGCUCCAGUUGAGGGACACCUGAGUCAACAAGUCGUCGAGGUGGCCGAGCCUGAGAUUGAGCCUGCUUCGAAGCCAGAGAAGGAGGAGAAGCGCAAGACCAAGAAGACGACUCCAGCCUUCGAAGCAGAGUCAACUGCGCCUCUUGGCACCGAACGCAAACCUGAGCUUCCGAAGGAGGCUGUCUCUGAACGCACUGAGACAGUCACCGCUCCAGCGAGGGUGGUCGAUGAUCAAUCAACGAGAGUUGCACUGAUCCGAGACGCAGAACCAUCGUCAUCCACCACGAGCCUCGAUACCGCUGAAGCACCAACAUUGGCUAAGAAGCCAUCAAGAGCACAAAAACUGGCUGCAUUGUUUGAGCAGGGUGCAUCACAAGAAGGGUCUUCAGGUCAACGAGAGCUACGAAAGGGGACCACUGGAAGUGUCAAGGACCUUGCCAAGCAGUACGAAACGCAGUCCAGGUCGGUUACGCCAAUACAGCUACCGACUUCAGAAAAGAGGACCGUUUCGCGAGUCACUUCGGAUGCGCGCCUUGGUUCUCGGUCACCCAAGAAAGACAUCGACUUCGCUGGCACCGUCGCGGCCGGCCUAAAGAUCUCUGGCUUUGAUGACACGUACGUCGUCAACGACUCUACCUUCCAUAAAUCGACAUCACCCCACGGCACUCACGACAUAACGACUGAUGAUGAUGUCGCUGCCGCACUCAACAGCGCCGGUGCAUCAAAAUUUGCUUCCCAAGGAUGGACUACACCUACUUCGUCACCCAAGUUACGUCCCACCAAGGAAUCUGAGUCUAGCACCCUUCCACCCAUCGAAGUCGCCAUUGCAGCUACAGACGACAUCUCUUUUGAUCCUCUAGAUGUGCUCAACGAUCCCACAUUUUCGAAGUCAAACACGUCUCCACGCGCUCUUGAGGAAGCCGAUCCCGACGAGCUAGGUUCGAAGCUCAAGAUGAACAAGAAGUCGAGUGGAAAGAAGAAGCGCACUUCUCUGCCUGAGUCACCUGCAGAAGCUGUGCCCACUACACUUUCAAACGAGCCUACCGGGGGAUCACUCGACGCGCAAUCGAAAGAGCUACCUACGGAGCAUGAUAGCGCCUGGCCUUUUGAACCAAAGAAGGACAAGAAGGUAAAGAAAGACAAGAAACAAGCAUCACGAACGCAGGACAGUGUUGAGUAUGCAGUUGGUGAGACUCCGGCGGUUGAAGCUCUCACAAGAGAGCCUCCUGUUGUUGAGACUCUAGCAGUUGACUCCACUGCCAGCGAAAGUAAGCUCGCAAACCCUCUGUCGCAGGCGCCUAUCAAUGUCGCACCGGUCGAUCAAGGUGUGCCAAAAGAGCAGGCACCAAAGCGAGCAACGGGCAAGGAGUUCGAUGAGUAUCCGUUCCCUCAAGUGCCGAUACCAAGAGAUGCAGGGAGCCGCGAUAUAGAGAAGUCGCCAAUGGUAGGACGGAAAGAAACGGAAGAGGUUGAGGAGUUGGCUGGAUCAUCAAAAAAGAAAGAAAAGAAAAGCAGGAAAGGGAAAGAAAAGAGUGAGCCGAGGAGUGAGAUGCAAGAAGUGCAGCACCACAACAGCUCAGUUGACAGAACACAAGAUCUUGCCACCGAGACGCAUAAACGACGAUCCCAUCCAGUGACGUUCGAGGAGGACCAGCCAUACGAAAAGCGAACCCAUCUUCGAGAAGCCACUCCCGAACUCAGGCAGGCAACAUCAACCAAGACAGAAGAUUCUGCCAGCAAUGAACGAUCCUCACGACGAAAGACGAGCGCCCUAGACGUAGAACCGAGAGAUCGGGGUCUCAGUCCAUCUGCCGAGCCUACUUGGUCAUUUGCUGGGGUACGCGAUAGUGCUGUAGAGGUAGAUGAACUGCCAGUUCAAGCAAGACCUGCGCCAUUCCAGGAAAGCACUCGCGACAGUGGCUACCAUGACGCUGGUCAUAGCCCAGUCAUGCCAGGGGAACCAGUCCAUCAAGAAACGACAUCCUCUCGGGAAAAGAAGCGUAGAUCAAAGGAACCAAAGACGCCCCGCGAGAGAGCGAUUCGGAACUCACAGGACGUGGAGAACAGUCCUACGCUGCCAGAGUAUCCAGCAUCUGCUGGAGCCACAACACCUUCUCCACAAGAAUACGCAACGAAGGAGCGUACUUCGUACCUGUUUGACUCGUCACCGUCAACACGAGCAUAUGGCACAUCACCCACUGUUGAAACAGUGACGCCUGCUCAUGAGAGCCGCAGAGCAGUACCUUCAACGACCAAAGAGAUGGGCGAAACGACCAGACCGAGCAAGAGUAAGAAGCCACACGCAGGUUCUCGUGACGAGCAAGUGUCGCCUACCAAGGAGAUCGAGCACAAGGAGCCAUAUCAGUCAAUCUUUGGUGAUCCCAAGGAAAAGAGUACUGGACAGUCUUCGUCGCUAGUCACGCCACUGUCAAAGCAUGGCCGCACGCCCAGUAACAAUCAGCUCCACACCAUCACAGAAACAAGUCCUCCUGAUGACUCUCCCUUGCACAAGAAAGGCCGAGCUAUCAACGAUGUCGGAGCGCCAGACCGAGGGACGAAGUCAGCUCGUCGGACUGAGAGCCCAAAGCCCUUUUCAGAACGACUGAAAUCACCGCCUCCCGUCACUCCGACCCCAUUGAGCCGAAGGGGGCACUGGAAGGGCCUCAGCAUCGAUAGAAUCGCCAUGGAGUCAAGUACACGACAACGUAGAUCGAACGAUGACGCUCAGCCCUGCACGAGCGCAUCAGGUGACCUGAGGGCUGUAUCCCGUCUUGGCGAGGCCAGUGCGCAAGACGCUAACGAGACGGACCCCAACCUCUCAGGUCUGGCACUCGCGACGGGCGCCGUUGCAGCCAUCGCGGGCAUCGCAGACGCAUCUAAAUACGAUCCCGUCAGAGGUACAGGCAAGGGUCGUCGGGCCAAUCAGACGGUUGUCGCACAUGACGCUAACAGAGUUCAGGAGGCGUGGGGCGAAGUUCCGCGCUCGCCAAUGUCACCGUCGCGGCCAACGCGACCACCGAGCGUGCGCAAGCGACAAAGUAUGCAAUUGAUCGACUUACAAACACAACUUGAUGAACUUGCUGCACAAAACUCUUCGCUCGAAAAUGCAAAAGCACGAGCAGAGGAGACCCUUCAAGCUACCUACCAUCAACGCCAAAUCGACGAGCAGCUUGUCGCAGAGGCCGCUGAAGCACAGGCCAAUCGCAAUCUCGCCAAUGACACUAAUGAGCGAUAUGCACAACUUCAAUCCGAGGGUCAAUUGGUCCAUCAGCAAUGGCAGACCACCCAACGCGAGCUCGAACAGCUCCGCACUCAACAUCAACAGUUGACCAGAGGAGUGGAAGAUGCAGUACGCGACGAGAUUGGCAUCGCACUUGACGAGCGCAACGCUGAGAUCGACCGUCUGAACACGGAUCUCACAGAAGCCAAAGAGCAAAUCAAGACACUACAGAAGCAGAUUCUAUCUGCGAAGAAGCCCAGCGAGAGUUUCCUGACGAUCCGAGAUGAGGACUACUUUGACAGCGCAUGCCAACAACUCUGUCAGCACGUCCAGCAAUGGGUGUUGCGAUUCUCCAAAUUCUCGGAUACGCGCCCUUGCAAACUCUCGUCAGAGAUCGCCGCAGACACAAGGCUCGACACGGCAACUAGGCAAAAGAUUGACACUCGCCUUGACAAUGCCAUCCUCGAUGGAUCAGAUGUCGACAGCCUAUUGGCUGAUCGCGUCAAGCGGCGAGAUGUGUUCAUGUCUGUAGUGAUGACCAUGAUCUGGGAGUACGUCUUCACAAGAUACCUAUUUGGUAUGGACAGAGAACAGCGACAGAAACUCAAGUCGCUGGAGAAGACUUUAUCGGAAGUUGGUGAGUACAUUGACUGCAUCGAAUUCAGAACUUCAACUAAUAUUCUUGUCAGGACCACCACGCGCCGUAGCCCAAUGAGAGAAGCUUUCAUCCAACAGCGUGCCCAAGAUACCGAAGCUGUUGUGCACGAGAUCUACAGCACGCUCUCUACCCUGUUGUCGCCACCCUCUCAUCUACAGCGACAAAUUCAGGAAUCACUACGCAAUGUGAUGCGCCUAGCAGUCGAGCUAUCGAUUGAGAUGCGCACUCAGCGCGCAGAAUACAUCAUGCUCCCACCACUUCAACCGGAGUACGACACCAACGGCGACCUAGUUGCCAAAGUAACCUUCAAUGCUUCCCUCAUGAACGAGCGGUCCGGGCGCGAGACCUCCAACGACGAAUUAGAAGGACGUGGAGCAAUUGUCAAGAUUGUGCUCUUCCCACUUGUUGUCAAGAAGGGCGACGAUUUCGGAGAAGGCGAGGACGAGAUCGUGGUCUGUCCUGCGCAAGUCUUGGUCCAAAGACCAAGAGACAAAAAGGUCGUAAGGAUGCUCAGUGGAGCGAUGAGCAUCGACCGCCCAGAUUCAAGAGCAAGUCGCAUGACGAGCGUGGUGCCGGAGAGCUCGAUCAUGGACUAUGAGACUGGAAGUGGUAAUGUCAUUUAG